CACGUGUCUCAUAGCUCGUUGCACAAAAACAUCACGAGUGGCCGCUGCAGCGGUGUGUGGUACAAAGACAGCACAUGGUGGCGUUUAGAAGCAGCUUGUAGCGACGGACACCGCCGGGCUUCAGCUUGUUCCAGUUCUCCGCUUGCAUUAAGUUCACUCCGGCCACCCGCUCGCUGCGCAGACCCCUCCGAAGCGGCUUGUCUCCGCGCAGGCCGGUGAGCGAGCCUUAAACUGCGAGUUCGAGGACGUUAAGAAAAGAAAAAAGCGAAUUAGUUGCCCUCCCGCAGAAGCUGAGCAUGUCGACUGGCACUAAUGAAGCUAAAAGCUGCCCCAUCCCCACCAGGGUGCUCACCCUGAAAGACUGGUCCCAGCUACCCGACUGUUACAGCCAGACACCCGGGGGGACCCUCUUCUCCACCACGCCCGGAGGUACCCGAAUCAUUUAUGAUAGGAAGUUUCUGUUGGAUUGUCGAAACUCCCCAUUGGCCCGGACCCCCCCUUGCUGCCUGCCCCAGAUCCCCGGGGUGACGGUUCCUGCUACGCACCCUAUGGGGAAACUACAGGAUCUGAAGGAGGAGGCUGAAGAAGAAGAGAAGGAUGUACCAGAUGACAACCAGUUUGAGAUGGACAUCUGAGCUCCAGUAUUACCUCCUGUGGAGAAUUAUCAUUUAAAAACCUCCAAGGUCAUUCGUGGCUGUAAUGCAAAUUACCUAAUGAAGCUUUUUUUUCAUCUUUUGUAAAUAAAAGCUUUUGUGAGGAACCCAAAAAAAAAAUUGAAAAGUUUGCAAACUGUAGGGUGUUUUUGAUCCUAAAAGUGUUAAGCAGAAUAAAUGGUGUUUAAAGGGCUGAUUAGUGGCUUACUCACUGCAGCAGGAUUGAAAAUAAUCCAUUUUGAUUUCGCUUUUUUAAAAUCUUUUGUAAAUAACAUUGUACAAUGUAGCCUUUUUUAAGUUGGGGAAUACAGGAUGAUUACAUUAAGAAUGUAGUUUUUCACUGCAGGCAUCGUUUUUUGUUGUAUACACCCCCCCCCCCAGAUGUCUAACUUACUUUGUCAUGAUAUUGGGGGUCAGGGCCUUCUGAAAAUCAGCCUCUUCUGUUUUGUAUGGAGAGAGACAUGAAGUGUGAAUCAUUUCAAAUAAAGGCUAUUCAGACUGCCAACAAUGGA